UAGAUACGCGACGAGCUGAGCGGUUACCACGUGGAUUACAAAGCGCGAGUACAGUGGUAUUUUCAUAGCUCUUACGAUAUAAAAGUAUUUUAAGAUAAGCGUAAUCAUGCGUCCUUUAACGGACGAAGAAACGAAAACGAUGUUUGUGAAGCUCUCCAAAUACAUUGGGGAGAAUAUCAAACUUCUUGUUGAUCGCCCUGAUGGGACAUACUGUUUCAGACUUCAUAAUGAUCGAGUAUAUUAUAUGAGUGAGAAAAUCCUGAAGUUGGCCACAAACAUCUCCCGAGAUAAACUGGUAUCAGUUGGUACAUGUUUUGGAAAAUUCACAAAGACGCAGAAGUUUCGUCUGCACAUCACAGCUCUUGAUUUUCUCGCACCAUAUGCCAAGUUUAAGGUUUGGGUGAAGCCAGGGAUGGAGCAGUCGUUCCUGUAUGGUAACCACAUCAUGAAGUCCGGCCUGGGGAGAAUAACCGAAAACACAUCACAGUAUCAGGGAGUGGUCGUGUAUUCAAUGGCAGAUGUACCGCUGGGAUUUGGAGUUGCAGCAAAGACCACACAGGAGUGUCGUAAAGUUGAUCCCAUGGCCAUUGUGGUGUUUCAUCAGGCUGAUAUUGGGGAAUACAUCAGAAGUGAGGACACUCUUACAUAAGAGGAUAUCAACUCCAAACUUCAUAAUGGACAAUUCAAUACAUUCAGGCUAUUGGACGGUUUUUUAACACAUUUAAAAGAAGCGACCGAUGCAACGUUCAAAAAAGAAAUGUUGUUAUACCACAUGUUUCAUUGACAUCUUUUUGACAAUUAUUAAUGUUUAAAUGUAUUAUCUUGUUAUAUGAAAACAAUAGGAAACAAAUAAAUGAAUUUUGUUUGUUUUUCUGAA